CGAUCACACACAGAUCACGUAAAUAAAUAAAUUUAACUGCGACACAAAGUUCAAAUGUGGUGAACCACACAGGACAGGUUAAUCCCUUAAAUCGAAGCAACAACGCAUAUUGCAGGGAAACAAAAACGUUUCAAACUGUAAUACACGCAUCUAUUUUUGUAAUGCUCACAACAGGCGUAAUAAUUGUACUUAGUGUUGUUGGCUAAAGCAGCUGUUGUAACGUGUAACCAAACAAAACAGACAGGCGGCAGACGGACAGUCAGGAGAUGGCAGCGAUAAAAAACAUCGCUCUGGGCAUAUUGUAUGGCCUGUGGGACAGCAUACGGGGCAUGACGCUGGUGCUGCACAUUGACAAUGAGGUGGCGCGCCAGAAUGCUGAGCUCGAGACAAUGCGCCAACUGCGCAGAAUGGACAGGGAACAAUACAGGGAACGCACACAAAGAACGCCAUCGCCAGUUCCAAGUUCAGCAGCCGCAAUGAUACGCGAAGAGUAUGCCAAACGUGCGGAGGCACAUUCUGACGAGCGAACGCUGGAGAAGAUUUUGAAAAAGAAACCUGCUGAGAAGGCAGAGCCACAGGCCGAGAAAAAAAUCGCCAAGAAACUGUUUAAAUGCUGUAUACUCAAUGGCGGCUUCACCUGGCUAAGCAUUGUACUGUUCGAGUCGGUACUGCUGCCAACAUUGAAGUUUUGUUUGACCAUCUUUUAUGGCACACAGUCCGAUACACUGCCAUUUGUUUGGAGUUGGCUGCAUCCGAUACUGUCGCUGCUAUUUGGCAUGAUGUGGGUGCUGCCCAUAUUUAUGUUAUCCAAAAUUGUCAGUUCACUGUGGUUCGCUGACAUCGCGAAUGCUGCGUAUCGUGUUCGCAAGGGACGUCCACAACUGAUACCAAGCAUUAGUAAACUGGUGGCGGAUUUCCUCUUCAGCAUGGUGGUGCAAAUGCUAUUUUUGGUGCAGAGCAUGCUGGUCAAUUUGGUGCCGGUGAAAUAUGUUGGAUCCACGCUAUGCUUUGUGCACCUGUGCUUGCUGUAUUCGCUGUAUUCCUUCGAGUACAAAUGGUUUAACAUGGGCUGGGAGCUGCAUCGACGUCUCACCUACAUCGAAAAGAAUUGGCCGUAUUUCUUCGGCUUUGGCAUACCACUCACGGUGCUCACAAAUAUGUCCAGCUCGGUGAUUGUCAGUAGUUGCAUAUUUUCAAUAUUCUUUCCGCUUUUCAUACUGAGCGGCAAUGAGGCAAAGCCAAUUGUGGAUACCACUGAAUUCUCGCUGCGCUUGUUUUCGCCGGUGGUAUUCAUAUCUAACAUGUGCUUUGGUGGCAAUCCCUGGAGCAAGGCCAAUCGACUGUUGGCCCAGCAACGCAAACAGCUGGAAUUGCAACAUCGUCAGCGAAUGCUACAGCGCGAGGAGACGCUGCUCAAGCAGAAACAGCAGCAAUAUCUGAUGCAACAGCAGCGUGAGCAUGAUCUGCACCACAGACGCGAACCGCACUCGCGUUCCCAGACACCGCAGAAUGCGGCACCUGGUCAGGGGGCGUAUCGUUAUGCCCAGCCGCCGGUGUUUGAUGCAUCGCGAGUGCGUGACUCUUCGGCGUCGUCAACGCACAGCUCUAAUGCGGCCACGCCCAGCACAAAUUAUAGGGCACCACCGUACUUUGGAGGCGCGGCUGCUGCUGGAAUGCGUAGCAAUACACCCCUGGUGCCCACGCCUGUGCCUGGAGCGCCACGAGCACCGAUUGUGGUACGCGAGGAGUCGGGACCCGAUGACUGGAACUUGUGAGAUUUUAUACUGCUUAUACAGACUUAUCGCAUAUAUAUAGAAGUACCAAUAAUAAUAAUGAUAACAAUAAUAUAAAUAUCAUAGGCUUUAUUCUGUAUAUAUAUUAAUGUACAUCCAAGAACUGUGUAUGUUUAACAAAAAAAAAGAGGAGGAAAAAACUUAUACUUUAGGUUUACUCAUAAUAAUAGUAAUAAUAACCGGCAAAUGCCUAGCGAGCAGCGUGGGAUUGCUGUCCACAACUAGUUGCUAUACUUAUCUAAUGUUUCUAUAUAAGACUACGUGUAUUUCGACGCCCAAUUAAUGCAUAAUUGAUAGCGUUUCAUUUAAAGAUUAUAGCAAAGCGACCCCUGCGACAAUUCUUGUUAAACUUGCGGGGGGCUGACAAAUUGUAAUAAACAUUUGGUUUUUUUGUAUUUUCGUCAAA